AUGGAUGCGCUGCCCAUCUACCACGGGGGCAUCACCCGCGAGGCUGGGGAGAGGCUACUGCUGGCGACGGGCACGGAUGGCAGCUACCUGCUGCGGGACAGCGAGACCAUCCCGGGAGUCUACUGCCUCUGUGUGCUGCAUCAGGGUUAUGUUUAUACCUACAGGGUGUCCAAGACAGAAACUGGAUCCUGGAGUGCUGAGACAGCACCUGGGGUUCACCGGAGGCUCUUUCGGAAAGUGCACAACCUCAUUUCGGCCUUCCAGAAACCCAACCAAGGCAUCAUAACACCCCUGCAGCACCCAGUCAUCAACCAGGGGAAAGCCAAACACCCCCCAGGGAGGAAUGAAGGCCAGGACUUCCACCUGCAGCCAUCAUGA